CAGAGGCGACGCGCGCGUACUCAGUCGGUCGGUGCGGCGGAGGCGGGAUGGUGUAACGCUGCGCGAGGCAGGCGGGAGGUGACUGAGAGAGGCGGGAUGGGGGCGCUGCAGCUGGGCGGUCGCGGUGGUCUGGGCUGCUGACCGCACACCCGGAGCUCGGAGCUCGGAGCGGCGGUGGCGGCGGCGGCGGAGCGCCAGGCAGUGUAUUUUCUAAUCUGAAAACGUCUUUCAUGAAAACUUCACUUUUAAAAAAUAAGUAAUGCCAUCUGUUUUCCUAAAAGACUGAAAUGGAGGCUACCAUUUCGAGGGCUCCAUGGUUAUGAAUGUGCUUCAAUUUCAUAAUGCCUCCUGCUAUGGCAGACAUCCUUGACAUCUGGGCAGUGGAUUCACAGAUACCAUCUGAUGGCCCCAUACCUGUGGAUUUCCUCUUGCCCACUGGGAUUUAUAUCCAGUUGGAGGUACCUCGGGAAGCUACCAUUUCUUAUAUUAAACAGAUGUUGUGGAAGCAGAUUCACAAUUACCCAAUGUUUAGCCUCCUUAUGGACAUUGACUCCUAUAUGUUUGCAUGUGUGAAUCAAACUGCUGUAUAUGAGGAGCUUGAAGAUGAAACAAGAAGACUCUGUGAUGUCAGACCUUUUCUUCCAGUUCUCAAAUUAGUAACAAGAAGUUGUGACCCAGGAGAAAAAUUAGACUCAAAAAUUGGAGUCCUUAUAGGAAAAGGUCUGCAUGAAUUUGAUACCUUGAAGGAUCCUGAAGUGAAUGAAUUCCGAAUAAAAAUGCGCAAAUUCAGUGAGGAAAAGAUUCAGUCACUUGUGGGAUUGUCUUGGAUAGACUGGCUAAAGCAGACAUAUCCACCAGAGCAUGAACCAUCCAACCUUGAAAACUUAGAAGAUAAACUUUAUGGAGGAAAGCUCAUUGUGGCUGUUCAUUUUGAAAAUUGCCAGGAUGUGUUUAGCUUUCAAGUAUCUCCUGAUAUGAAUCCUGUUAAAAUAAAUGAAUUGGCAAUCCAGAAACGUUUGACUAUUCAUGGGAAAGAAGAUGAAGUUAGCCCCUAUGACUAUGUGUUACAAAUUAGUGGGAGAUUAGAAUAUGUGUUUGGUGAUCACCCACUAAUCCACUUCCAGUAUAUCCGGAACUGUGUAAUGAACAGGAGCUUGCCCCAUUUUAUGCUUGUGGAAUGCUGCAAGAUCAAAAAGAUGUAUGAACAGGAAAUGAUUGCCAUAGAGGCUGCCAUAAAUCGAAAUUCAUCUAACUUUCCUCUUCCUUUACCACCAAAGAAAACACGAAUUAUUUCUCAUGUUUGGGAAAAUAACAGCCCUUUCCAAAUUAUCUUGGUAAAGGGAAAUAAACUUAACACAGAAGAAACUGUAAAAGUUCAUGUCAGGGCUGGCCUUUUUCACGGUACUGAACUUCUGUGUAAAACCAUUGUAAGCUCAGAGAUAUCAGGGAAAAAUGAUCACAUUUGGAAUGAACCACUGGAAUUUGAUAUUAAUACUUGUGACCUGCCACGAAUGGCAAGAUUAUGUUUUGCUGUUUAUGCAGUUUUGGAUAAAGUGAAAACGAAGAAAUCAACUAAAACCAUUAAUGCCUCUAAAUAUCAGACUAUCAGGAAAUCUGGGAAAGUGCAUUAUCCUGUAGCAUGGGUAAAUACGAUGGUUUUUGACUUUAAAGGACAGUUGAGAUCUGGAGACAUAAUAUUGCACAGCUGGUCUUCAUUUCCUGAUGAACUUGAAGAAAUGUUGAAUCCAAUGGGAACUGUUCAAACAAAUCCAUAUACUGAAAAUGCAACAGCCUUGCAUAUCAAAUUCCCAGAGAAUAAAAAACAACCUUAUUAUUACCCUCCCUUUGACAAGAUUAUCGAAAAGGCAGCUGAGAUUGCAAGCAGCGAUAGUGCUAAUGUAUCAAGUCGAGGUGGAAAAAAGUUUCUUCCUGUACUGAAGGAAAUCUUGGACAGGGAUCCCUUGUCUCAACUGUGUGAGAAUGAAAUGGAUCUUAUUUGGACUUUGCGGCAAGAUUGCAGAGAGAACUUCCCACAGUCACUGCCAAAAUUAUUACUGUCAAUCAAAUGGAAUAAACUUGAGGAUGUUGCUCAGCUUCAGGCACUACUUCAGAUUUGGCCUAAACUGCCCCCCCGGGAGGCCCUGGAGCUUCUAGAUUUCAACUAUCCAGAUCAGUAUGUUCGGGAAUAUGCUGUGGGCUGCCUGCAGCAGAUGAGCAAAAGGAUACAGAGCAGAAUUGGCAAAGGAAAAAGAUUCAUGGGGCAAAGUCUGGAGGAAACCAGUGAUGAAGAACUCUCUCAGUAUCUUUUACAACUGGUGCAAGUUUUAAAAUAUGAGCCUUUUCUUGAUUGUGCCCUCUCCAGAUUCCUAUUAGAAAGAGCACUUGCUAAUCGGAGGAUAGGGCAAUUUCUAUUUUGGCAUCUUAGGUCAGAAGUGCACAUUCCUGCUGUCUCCAUACAAUUUGGUGUCAUCCUUGAAGCGUACUGCCGGGGAAGCGUAGGGCACAUGAAAGUGCUAUCCAAGCAGGUUGAAGCACUCAAUAAGUUAAAAACUUUAAAUAGUUUAAUCAAACUGAAUGCAGUGAAGCUAAACAGAGCCAAAGGGAAAGAGGCCAUGCAUACUUGUUUAAAACAGAAUGCUUACCGGGAAGCCCUCUCUGGCCUGCAGUCACCUCUGAACCCAUGUGUCAUCCUCUCAGAACUCUAUGUUGAAAAGUGUAAAUACAUGGAUUCUAAAAUGAAGCCUUUGUGGUUGGUGUACAACAACAAGGUGUUUGGUGAGGAUUCAGUCGGAGUGAUUUUUAAAAAUGGUGAUGAUUUACGACAGGAUAUGCUAACACUCCAAAUGCUGCGCUUGAUGGAUUUACUCUGGAAAGAAGCUGGUUUGGAUCUUCGGAUGUUGCCUUAUGGCUGUUUAGCAACAGGAGAUCGCUCUGGCCUCAUUGAAGUUGUGAGCACCUCUGAGACAAUUGCUGACAUUCAGCUCAACAGUAGCAAUGUGGCUGCUGCUGCAGCCUUCAAUAAAGAUGCCCUUCUGAACUGGCUUAAAGAAUACAAUUCUGGGGAUGACCUGGACCGAGCCAUUGAAGAGUUUACCUUGUCCUGUGCUGGCUACUGUGUAGCUUCUUAUGUCCUUGGGAUUGGUGACAGACAUAGUGACAACAUCAUGGUAAAAAAAAACGGCCAGCUCUUCCACAUUGAUUUUGGACAUAUUCUUGGAAAUUUUAAGUCUAAAUUUGGUAUUAAAAGGGAGCGGGUGCCUUUUAUUCUUACCUAUGAUUUCAUUCAUGUGAUUCAACAAGGAAAAACAGGAAACACGGAAAAGUUUGGUCGUUUCCGCCAGUGUUGUGAGGAUGCAUAUCUGAUUUUACGACGGCACGGGAACCUCUUCAUCACUCUCUUUGCCUUGAUGUUGACUGCAGGGCUUCCUGAGCUCACAUCAGUCAAGGAUAUACAGUAUCUUAAGGAUUCUCUGGCCUUGGGAAAGAGUGAAGAUGAAGCACUCAAGCAGUUUAAGCAAAAAUUUGAUGAGGCACUCAGGGAAAGCUGGACUACUAAAGUGAACUGGAUGGCCCACACAGUUCGGAAAGACUACAGAUCUUAAUGAUGAGCCUUUUUGCUUCUAAUGCAUUUGUUGGUUUCAUUUUGUUUUCAUUUUGCACUUGCACUAAAUUGAACGUGACCCUGCCAGAAAUGUUACAAAGGGAAUGAAAUUCUGAAUCUCAGUUAAAUUAAGAACAGGGCAUCCCACAGAACCUAAUCUGAACAAUCCCCGAUGACCACCCUCUCUCUGCUUUUUGAAUGCUUCCAAGAUUUGUCACGAAAACUGUCAACAUUAUGGAUAAUCAUUUCCCUGCUGACUUUGCACGCCAAGGAAUGCUACUAGAGAAUGUUUUUUGUCUUUCUGACUUUAUUUUCCCGUUAUUUGGUACUUUUCCAGAAAGGUGUAAAUACUUUUUUUUUUUUUGAAUUUGUGACCACGUGUUAUCACCCAGCCAACUUACUCACCUCUGGGGACUGGUGGCUGUUCUUAAUUUCCAAAUAAGUCAUCUUCCUUUUUAAAUUGUAUAAACUACAAAUUAUAUAAUUUGAAAUUGUGAUUAUUUUUCAAAGGAAAUCUUUUAAACCCAUGGAAACAUUAAUUCUUUUGUUGAUAUUUAUCUACCAUGAUAGCAUCAUUCCAACCAGACUUGCUGAAAAUCUAUUGGUGAGGCAAAUAUAUUUGCUGCAUAUAUAUUUAUAAAAUUUCUAGUGGAAGUUCUAUAUAAGAAGAUAUAUCUUUGGUUUUCUUCAGCCUCUGUUUUAUGAAAAGCAGAGCAUUUUCUUCAGUUACUUUUCAGUUAAUUAUGUGAUCCAGUUCUUCCAACUGCUUCUGUAAUGAGGCACAUAUUAAUACAGUUUUUACACGGUAUCUAUGAAAGAGUUCACUUCAUAGAGCAUAAUACUUGAGCAAACAUACCCAAGACAGAAAGCAAAUGAAAAGGAAACUAUUUAUGGAAUAAACUCUAGGCCUAAAACUCAGUAUUUUAGUAAAAUGCCAGCUGUUAGUGUAUUUAUUAAAACUUAUAAUAAUGUGAUUUUUUAAAAGGAUAUUAGUUCAGAUUGAAAUGGUUUCAUGCCAUGUGGAAUUCUUUAAUUUAUUUGUUGAGGUACCAUAUAUUUAGGGUGCUAGAUGGCAAAUAAUGUUAAUAUGUGCAAUAGGAACUACUGGUUUGAAUGUGUAAAUGGAUGCUCUUUCUGAGUGCUGGCAACAUCCAGCAAAACUACUGCUUUUUCUCCAAAGACUUGGGAUCUCUCAGUCCUCAUGACAUGGGAAAGAGAACUGAGUAUUUGCCCUGUGACUGAAUUUUCUAUAGGAACUUACUUCAUUAAAGAUUGUUUAAUUUUGUUGUCUUCCUUAAUGUUCUCAAAUAAACGGGUGAGCUGGUUUCAGCUUC